CCCAUUGACGUCACUGGCAGGCUUUGAUUGGUGUUUCGCGGUUUCCGGUGGGCAGACGUUCAAGCGCCUCUGAGAAGAAUAAAGAGUUUCUGUUGCCGACGCUGAUAACGGAAUAACGGAAUCACGCAGAAACCGAGUCGCGUUUCAAAGGCUCGGUCAAAGGUCAGAUCCAGCAUGGCGUCAGGCAACGUGUGCAGCGAGGAGGAGAAGAGUCUGAGGGAAUGUGAGCUAUAUGUGCAGAAACACAACGUCCAGCAGCUGCUGAAGGACUGCAUCGUGCAGCUGUGCACCUCGCGGCCCGACAGACCCAUGGCCUUCCUCAGAGAACACUUCGAAAGGCUGGAAAAGGAGGAAGCUAAGCAGCUGUUAAACCAGCAGAAGGCCAGCUCUCGCUCAGACUCUCGUGAAGAUGAGGUGUCUCCUCCCAUGAACCCGGUGGUAAAGGGCCGCAGACGGAGAGGAGCCAUCAGCGCCGAGGUCUACACCGAGGAGGACGCCGCCUCCUACGUCAGGAAGGUCAUUCCUAAAGACUACAAAACCAUGGCUGCUCUCGCCAAAGCCAUCGAAAAGAAUGUGCUCUUCUCUCAUCUGGACGACAAUGAAAGAAGUGACAUAUUUGAUGCCAUGUUUCCAGUCACCUACAUCGCAGGAGAGACUGUCAUCCAGCAAGGUGACGAGGGGGAUAACUUCUAUGUCAUCGAUCAGGGUGAAAUGGAUGUGUAUGUGAACAGUGAGUGGGCCACCAGCAUCGGCGAGGGCGGCAGCUUCGGAGAGCUGGCUCUAAUCUACGGCACCCCGAGAGCCGCCACCGUCAGAGCCAAGACCAACGCCAAGCUCUGGGGCAUCGACAGAGACAGCUACAGGAGAAUACUGAUGGGAAGCACACUGAGGAAGAGGAAGAUGUACGAGGAGUUCUUGAGCAAAGUCUCUAUUUUAGAGUCUCUGGAUAAGUGGGAGCGUCUGACUGUGGCUGAUGCUCUGGAGCCGGUGCAGUUCGAGGACGGACAGAAGAUCGUGGUUCAGGGAGAACCAGGGGACGAGUUCUUCAUCAUCCUGGAGGGAUGUGCAGCCGUUCUGCAGCGCCGGUCAGAGAAUGAGGAGUUUGUAGAGGUCGGCCGGUUAGGACCGUCAGACUACUUCGGUGAGAUCGCUCUGCUGAUGAACCGACCCCGUGCAGCUACCGUGGUCGCCCGCGGCCCGCUCAAAUGCGUCAAGCUGGACAGGCCGCGUUUUGAGCGUGUGCUGGGACCAUGUUCAGACAUCCUCAAACGCAACAUCCAACAGUACAACAGCUUCGUGUCGCUCUCCGUCUGAGAGCUUUACCGCUGGGUCCUCCUCACCAUUUAGCUUCACGUUUCCACGCAUUCCCAGACUCACUAGUGCUUCAUUAAGUGCUUCCCAUGCGACUGUCCCGUCAGCCCAGAGCUUUAACAGCCGCUUCCAUCGUCAGACGAAAGGCCAGACAAUCAAACGUACCUUCCUCCAAUCAAAUCACAGCCUUUACUCUGCAGUGUUUUUACCUUUAACUCCAAGCGGUAAAUGAAAACGACAUAAAUAUAUUUAUAGUAGAGUUAUUCUAAAAGCAUUAGUUUUAUAAGGUGAUCUGACUACAUAUAACAGAGUAAGACAGACGUGUAAUGUUUGGCUGUACUGGUUAUAUUCUUUAACCUUACUGCCUCAUUUCCCUACACGGAGAAAAGCAGGCAGGAACAUGAACAUGUAUGCUGUUUUAUUUCUUCUCAUCAUUCCAGCAAACUCUCACUCUUUGGGUUUCAGUUGCUUGUAGUAGUAACCAGUGAAGCUGUUCCUGUGCAGUAUCUAAACGUUUAUUAUAAGAGAAACUGAUUUUUAAAUGGAUAUCUCCUCGAAACCAUAGUAGUUUCUGUUCUGUUACGAUGCCGGUGCCAAACGUUGGACAGAGCCUCACGUCUUGACUUGAGGUGAGCGGGACCGAUAUUUGAUAAAUGUAAUUUGUGUGUUCCCGCAUGUACGCCGCCACCGAAUGUUUCAGUAUUUACCUUUUUGUUGUCAGUAUAUGGCGAGAAAUACCAGUUUUAUUUUUCAAUAAGCUUAUUUUUCCACAACGGUGCACAGUGGCAUAUUUUUAGACGCAUGUCAUAAUUUCAAGUGUUUUCUGUGGCUACUUUUUUUAAAGGAAUAGUUCACCCAAAAAUUUAAAUGGUCCACUCUCACGUCAUCCAAGAUGUAGAUGAGUUUGUUUCCUUAUCAGAUUUGUGGAAAUGUAGCUUUACAUCACUUGGAUCCUCUGCAGUGAAUGGGUGCCGUCGGAAUGAGUCUAAUUGUUUCUUACAAACAAACAGCGUUUCUCUUCUCCAGAUGUUAACUGAUGGACUGGAGUGGUGUGGAUUACUGUGAUGUUUUUAUCAGCUGUUUUGAUUGACGGCACCCAUUCACUGCAGAGCAUCCAUUGAUGAACAAGUGAUGCAAUGCUACAUUUCUCAAAAUCUGGUGAAGAAACAAACUCAUCUACAUCUUGAAUGGCCUGAUGAUGGGUAAGUUUUUGGGAGAACUAUUCCUUUGCUUGUAGCAGUUUUAAUGUCGAAUUAAAAGACUGAAACUAUUAUAAAAUGAGAUUUUAAUGUCUUUUCCGAGGUCUCUGGUUUCUAAUGGUACUGUUUGAAAACAGAGGCUCACAAAAACCAGAAAAUGAAAUCCUCUCAGCUUUUAACAUCAUGAAUGACUUCAAAAUAUCUUUGAUACAUUUUUUUUUAUUUAUAAAAACUCCACCAGGAGCUCAAGUUAAAAUGAACAUCAGUGAUUUGAUAUUUACAUGUCCAUAUUCUGUUUUGCUGUUAAACAAUCCAGAGUAAUCAGUGUUUGAUUCUCUUUAGAAAAGACGAUUCUCAUUAUUGUUCCUUGUUUGAGUUUUUGAGAAGUGCGUAUUAAAAUGGUGCAACAGAUUCUUUCAGCUUCAUCUUGGCAUCUUUGUCACAUUUAUUAAAGUCACUUCCCCUGAAAUAAUAAGGGCAGAAACUCACUCACACACACACACACACACACACUCCUCUUCACAGCAGUGACGCUUGUAUCUGUGUGAAUGAAUGGACAGAAUGACUGAAGAAUAAACAGAUGAAUAGAGCUGCUCCUUCAAACCACAACAUUUCUGCUGGUUCUGUGCCCUGCUGCUGAUAUACUGCUGACCACUGAUGAUGAUUUAUUUGUCAGUGUUACCCAGAUGUGUAGUCUGAUUUCCAGUGAGUUUUGCGCAGAACAUAAUCUUUUUGGUAUACUGUAGAUCGUCCAAAUGGCAGUUUAAGCAAUAAAAAGGUUGUUAUUGAACCAUCAAA